AUGAGCGACGAAGAUGAGCACAUUGUAAUUGAUAUUGAAGAUGAUGAUGAUGACGAUGAUGUUAUUAUUGUUCCAAGAGAGGAAAAAGAGGUAGAUUUUCAGAAGUUUUUGUUCAAAAAAAUUCAAAUUUUCAUCGUACAAAUCCGAAACCUUGGAAACUUUUCAUAAUGAAAAUUUCAUUUAAAAACUGAUGAAAGCAUAGGUUUUUUGCUGGAAAUCAGAAUUUUUUAAAACAAUUUUCGAAACUUAUCUGACUUUCCAAACAAGUUUAAUUGAAAAUUCGAAAAGUUUCUUAUCCACCUUCUCAUUUUUUCCACCUUUCAAGCUCUCAAAAAUCCCCCAAUUGUGUUUAUUUUUUCUCAGCCAACUCCAAUGGUCGAAUCGGCUCCCGUCGAAUUGCCAACUCAAACUCGUCUGAAAAUCACUGUCAAGAAAUUACACGUCACAGCAAAAUGGAAAUGGUGUGAUGUUGGUGAAGACACGUGCGGAAUUUGUCGAAUGGAAUUCGAAGCCACGUGUAAUUCGUGUAAAAUGCCAGGAGAUGAUUGUCCAUUGGUAAUAAAUGGGAUUUUUAGAAUUUCGAAUUAGAAAACGCUGUAGAACAGCUUCCAAAUUUUUUACAAAAAAAUCUCCGAAUUUCCAGGAAGUCGGAGUCUGUCGUCACGCAUUCCAUCGUCAUUGUAUUGAACGUUGGACCGAAGGUGCAAGCAGUUCGCAAAAUGGAGGAGCCAAAAACGGUCAUUGUCCAUUAUGUCGUCAAGAAUGGAAAGUUUCGUUGAGAAAUCGUGUGGCAAAAAAGAAAAAGAGACAACAAACCACUUAA